CUCUGGCUUCAGUGUGUUUGUCUUCAGGGGGCCUGGAUGCCCUUUUGAUCAUUUUAAUCUCUCUUUGGUAUUUUAUUCCUGAUUGGUCGACAGAGUUCGAAGGGGAAAAUCUUUAAUUAAGAAGAUUAUCUCUUCCUGGGAUGAGAGGAGCUCCAUUUCAGAACCCACAGGAGACCUUCAAUCUUAGAAGCAACACUUCUUGACAUAUCACUCUGCAAGAACACCAAAACGAUUUUUGUUGUCUAUAAAACACCGAGAAAGUCGUUUAUAAGAAGGAUGAUGCUUUCUCUGGAAUCAUGUUAUUCAUUAUAUCUAUUGAUGGUCCACAUACAGUCAUGUUAUACCUGGUCAGUGAAUAAUUUUCUGAUGACUGGCCCAAAGGCCUAUCUGAUCUACUCCAGCAGCGUGGCUGCAGGUGCACAAAGCGGUAUUGAAGAAUGCAAAUAUCAGUUUGCUUGGGACCGCUGGAACUGUCCAGAGAGGGCGCUGCAGCUCUCCACACACAGCGGACUCAGAAGUGCAAACAGAGAGACAGCAUUUGUUCACGCUAUCAGUUCUGCUGGUGUCAUGUACACUCUUACCAGGAACUGCAGUUUAGGAGAUUUUGAUAACUGUGGCUGUGACGAAACUAGAAAUGGGCAACUUGGAGGGCAGGGCUGGCUCUGGGGUGGCUGCAGUGAUAAUGUUGGCUUUGGAGAGGCCAUCUCUAAGCAAUUUGUUGAUGCCUUGGAGACUGGACAAGAUGCACGGGCUGCCAUGAACCUCCACAACAAUGAAGCAGGCAGAAAGGCAGUGAAAGGCACCAUGAAAAGGACGUGUAAAUGCCAUGGGGUAUCUGGUAGCUGCACCACACAGACCUGCUGGCUGCAGCUGCCAGAGUUCAGAGAAGUUGGCAACUACCUGAAGGAGAAGUAUCACAAAGCCCUCAAAGUGGACCUCUUCAAGGGGGCAGGCAACAGUGCAGCCAGCCGAGGGGCCAUCGCAGAGACCUUCAGCACCAUCUCCAAGAAGGAGUUGGUUCACCUGGAGGACUCCCCUGACUACUGCCUGGAGAACAAGACGCUGGGCCUGCAGGGCACUGAGGGCCGUGAGUGCGUCAAGAAGGGCAAGAACCUGAGCAAGUGGGAGAAGCGGAGCUGCAAGAGGCUGUGCGGGGAGUGCGGGCUGGCUGUGGAGGAGAGGAAGGCAGACAUGGUGUCUAGCUGCAACUGCAAGUUCCACUGGUGCUGCGCGGUUAAGUGUGAGCAGUGUCGGAAAACCAUAACCAAGUACUUCUGCGUGAAGAAGGAGAGGAGGGGCACAAACGAAAGUACCGGCAGGAGGAAGAAACUCAGACUAAAGAAGGCGCACUAAACACCCCCCCUAAAAACAGGCAAAACAAAAACCCGGCCUCCUUUACUGCCUGGAUAUUUAACACAUUCUCUCAUAAACUGUUGCAAAAGAAAGAUCAUGCCCUGGAAAUGCCAGCAAAUACUUGCUUUGAAGAGUUGACAUAUUCUGUAAUUGGAUCUCCAUUGCAGGUGAUCAACAGUCAAGUCUGGUGAGAUAGUGAGAAAUAGAGAGGAGGAAAAUGCUGUACGAGAAAUACAGUACUGUAUAUCAGGAACUCCAAAAAGAAGCAGACUUACAAUUUCAGUUACAAUUUCAUGUGUAACUUUAACAACAUUAUUGGUGAAGGGACCAAAUUUGAUUUAAAAUGUGUAAUUUAGAAAAUACCGAUUUUCCAAUAGGCUAACAGUUACCCCUCUGAAGUGUUUAUUGUUCAACAAUAGUGACACUUCACUUGCAUUUAGUGUAAGCGCAUUGAUUUGAAUGACUUUAUAUAGUUUUUUGUUUUUGUUUGGAGGAAUAAUAAGGGCUGAUGGUUAAAAACAUAAUUAUUAUACAUUAUUAUACAAACGGUAUUAUUACUUGUACUGUGAUCCUUGAAAUGUAUUUUUGUUUACGACUGUAAGUCGACCUGGAUAAGGGUGUCUGCUAAGAAAUAAAUAAUAAUAAUAAUAAUAAUAAUAAUAAUAAUAAUAAUAAUAAUAAUAAUAAUAAUGUUUCUGAAAAUGAAACACUGGAAUAUAAAACCAUUAAGUUACAGAAGGAUAGACAUCCAUAACAUGGAGGCAUUAUAUCAAAGUGAACAGACAUGAUUCUGAACAAAUUUAAACACUUAUGUGGAAUUGUUGCAAUUUCCAUGUAAAAAAAUGAAUAAAAAUGAACAUUUACAGAGAUUUAGAAUUCCUUCAAUCUUUAAAAACAUAUAUUUAACCCACAUCCAUAUGAUAUUUUUAUAAAGAUUCCUAUUGUGUUGCUAAUCUGGGAAUUUCAUGUCACAUGGGUAUGUCAAGAUGUCCUGAAAUACUUGCUGGUUUCAGUUUACCAUUUGAACAAAAUGAAAUAUAACAGGGUAGCAAAUGGUCCUAUACUAUCCCUGAAAAUCAGGUUCAAUCUUACUGGAGUAUUUAAUUGUACAUAAAAUGAAGCACUUUGUAUAUUGUUAAUUUAUUGCACAGUUAUAAGGAUUAUGUGCUUAUUUUUUGUUUAUUAUUUCAGAAUUAGUUUUUAUUGUAUGUUUUUGUGAAUUGUAUACUAUAAAACUGUAAAAAAAAAGGUUUAACAUUAAAUGUGCAUCUGUACAUUGAUGUGUUUCUAAAGAGUGUCAGUGUUGAUUGCAUACUUUUUCAAUGUUUUUCAUCAGUUAUUUGACUGAA